UCUCCGUUACUCAUUGGUAAAGAGUCCAUACCACACACCAAUACUUCCAAAAUCUUCCCUUCUCUCUCCAUUAUGAUUUUGCUGCUGCUUUCUUAUCUCUACUCUACACUCACCAUUUACUCUUCUUCUUCUUCUUCUUUUGCCCCUAUGCAGCAAUAGAUUUUGAUCUAUAAUUUCAUUUCUUGCAAAAAUCCAAUGGCAGAAACAGCAAAAUAUGCACCAAUUAAUGGUGGAACUCUGGUUACAGACUUAAAAACUCACUUGUCAAUUGUCAAAACCAAAAGAAGUAUUGCAUGUGCAUAUGGUUUUGUGUUUGUUUUCAUUGUUGUCACCACUUUCUUGGCUUUUACUCCUAAUCCUAAUAACUCUUCUUCUCCAUGGUUUACUAAUAUUUUUUCAUUAAGCAGUAGCAGAGAAGAAGAUGGGACUUAUAGAUCUCACUUCUCUUCAAUUUUCUCUAACCUUUUCCCUAAAUCUUCACAGCAAGUUCAGAAUCUUGUUGCAAAUAAUGUUCCAACUAUUUCAAACACCAAAUUUGAGCAACCCCAUUUGAAUAAAGAGCCAUCAAUUGGUCAAAAACAUACUCAGAAUAACGAGUCUCAUGAUAAAGUUGGAAUCUUGGAAAAGCCCUUUAAUCAAAGUGCAAUUUUGGACUCAAAGCCUUAUGUAAAUAGUACUAUACCAACAAAUUCCUCUGUGUUGAGUAAUAAAGAAUUAUCAUCUUUGAAGAAUCAGACUCAAAGUAAAGAUUUUGAUGAUAAAGUUGGAAUCUUGAAGGCAAAUCAGAGCACAAUUCAGGCUGCCAACUCUCCUUUGAAUGUGACUCAAAUUAAGGAUUUUGAUGAUAAAGUUGGAAUUUUGAAGGCAAAUCAGAGCACAAUUGAGGCUACAAAGUCUCCAGUUAAUGUGAAUCAGACUGAAAAUUCAGCACCAAAGUCCUCUUCUGGGGACAAAAGUGCAAAUGGGAAUGGAGAAAAGGGAAUUAUAGAGAAGGAAGUGAAGAAAAAUUUCACUUCUUCUUUGGCGAAGAAGCAGAGAAAUGGGACAAAUUUGGAUGUGUCAAUGAAGAAAGGAGAUGAAGAUUUGGUUAAGUCUUUGUUGAAUUGUGAUUUCUUUGAUGGGAAUUGGGUUACAGAUGAGUCUUAUCCUUUGUACAAACCUGGUUCUUGUUCUCUUAUUGAUGAGCAAUUCAAUUGUGUUGUCAAUGGUAGGCCUGAUAUUGGUUACUUAAAGAUGAAAUGGAAGCCCCAGGCCUGCAGUCUUCCCAGAUUGAAUGCCACUCAUAUGCUGGAAUUAUUAAGAGGAAAGCGGCUGGCGUUCGUUGGUGAUUCUCUCAAUAGGAAUAUGUGGGAAUCCCUUAUUUGCAUUCUUAGAAACUCUGUCAAAGAUCAGAAAAAGGUUUAUGAAGAAUUUGGAAGACACCAUUUCAGGACAGAAGCUUCGUAUUCAUUUAUAUUUGAAGAGUAUAAAUGCAGAGUGGAGUUCUUUGUGUCUCCUUUCUUGGUUCAACAAUGGGAAGUUGCAGAUAAAAAAGGAGGGAAGAAGGAAACGCUUCGACUUGAUUUGAUUGGAGAGUCGGCUGAUAAGUAUAAAAAUGCAGAUAUCAUAGUAUUUAACACCGGUCACUGGUGGACUCAUGAGAAAACUUCCUUAGGGAAAGACUAUUAUCAAGAAGGAAGUCAUGUGCACAGCCAACUAAAUGUUCUUGAGGCCUUUCGAAAAGCGUUAACAACAUGGGGGAGAUGGGUCGAUGCUCAUAUAAAUCCCAAGAAGACAGUUGUUCUCUUCAGAGGUUAUUCUGCUUCUCAUUUCAGUGGCGGGCAAUGGAAUUCUGGCGGGGCAUGCGACAGUGAAACUGAGCCAAUAAAGAACGACACAUAUUUGACCCCGUAUCCAUCCAAGAUGACAGUAUUAGAAAAUGUCUUCAAAGGAAUGAAAACUCAAGUUUCUUAUCUCAAUAUCACAAGAAUGUCGGACUAUAGAAAAGACGGUCACCCAUCGAUAUAUAGGAAACCGAAUUUGACAGACAAGGAAAGGAAAUCGCAAUGGAGAUAUCAAGAUUGCAGCCAUUGGUGCCUCCCUGGUGUACCUGAUGCUUGGAAUGAGCUGUUAUAUGCUGAACUUUUGGUAAGACAACACCAAAAACAACAAGAGAAAAAGUCAUAGGUAAACAAACACAUAUAUGAUGCCCAUGUUCAUUUGAAAUAAUGAGUCAAGCUUAUAGAACAUGUCCAGGCUUUUUUUUUUCGUCUUUUCACAUGUCUAUAUAGGGGAAAUAGACAAAGAAAUUACCUGAACAAAAUCCAAGAAAUAGUAAAUUAUAAGUUUAUGAGAGGGAGAGUGAAGUUUCUUUUGAAACGAGAUUUGUCCUUAGUCCUUACUAGUAUUAGUGGAAAGUAAGGAGGAAAUUUUGCUGUUAAAUUAUGUAAUUUUCUUUUGCUAUAAUGUAUUUUCAAGUCUUGAAGGCUCAAAAAGUUUAAAUUCUGAGUAAUUUUAUUUA